CUAGUGAAGAGAUCAUCCAGACGUAUAUCACCAUACCGCUCGUCUUGAUCACAACUACAACAUUAUAGUCGCCAUAGUACUGAGUUUUCAAAUCACUAUAGCUUUCACCACACUUCCACGCGAAAAAUACUACAUCCACAACAACUACUUCUACCAUUUCGAGUAUUAAGUAAAGCCACAACGAUCACCAAAAUGUUCGGCGCGGAGAAUGUCGGAGGUAAUGCAUUCGCGGCACAGUUUGGCACUCAGAAUGGGGGUUUCGGCCAAGGCGGAGGCGUCGGGUUCUUAGCGCCAACGCAGUCGCAAAACCAGGAUGCGAUGGGUUUUGGUAACAAUGUGCAAAUAAGCGAGUAAGUACUGAAAUAAGCGAGUAAGUACUGAAAAUAAGCGAGAUACUCAUGAGAAGGAAGAGUAGCCUUGAUGUUAAGCUACCUCCCUUAUUUCAGUCAGUAACUCGGUUAUUUUCAGUUUAUCGAAAAAUACUUUCUUUUGUAAAUUUAGACUCUUUCGAUGGUGCUGCCAGCCAGCUGGUGCAUCGCCUCAUCAUUAUCGUCGCCUUUUUCAACAAGGUGGUACCUCUACACACCUUCGUCAUUAUUUGCCCGCAUGAAAGUAAAUGUAAAUCACUGUAACUUAUUUACUUACUUCAGGAGGAGGCGCUGCAGCCGCAGGUGGCCCUGGCACCAAUACCAACAAUGCAGGUGGCACCAAUAAUGCAAACAAUCGCGGAGCAGCAGGCGCAGGAGGGGGCAUCUCGUAUACCCCUGUAACGAUUUAUCAGAUCCACAAAAUUUUGAAAAAAAUGCGCGAGGCUGGUGGGGAUGCGAAGCCAGAGCUUUACGGAGAGGAAGUCAAGAAUAUGUGUAUUUUAUGGAGGCUGGGAUCCCUUAAGCUUUGUAGAAGUAAUAGACUUUGUAGGCUGUUUCAACAACAUUUUUAUGGAGAGGAGAUAGAAAGAGACAAACUCAUUAUAUUGUAAAUCAUCUAGUCUACUUUUUAGUAGAAGAAGUAGCCACCGUCCCUGUAAGUACUGGCUACUUCAAGUCGUUCUAGUCCACCUCCGAGGUGUAUCGCACCUGAAACAAGUAUCUUUUCGUAAUCCUUAAAGAGUUCCAGAUUAAUAGAGAAUUACUUCUGACCACUUCUCCUCUUAUUUAUUUUCUAAAGUAGAUAGAAAGUUCAACAAGCAGCCUCGCUUAAUGCUUGAACUUUUUAUUCUAAAGUAGAUAGAAAGUUCAACAAGCACCCUCGCUUAAUGCUUGAACUUUUUAUUCUAAAGUUCAACAAGCACCCUCGCUUAAUGCUUGAACUUUUUAUUCUAAAGUUAGUAGAUAGAAAGUUCAAGUAGCCCUUUUUCUAAAGUAGAUAGAAGUUCUAAUCGGAGCAGGCCAGAUCACAAAAUUUGAGAUGCCAAAUGUGGGGGAACAGCAACAGGCCUGCAAAUUGAAGAUUGAUGAUGGGACAGCGCAAAUAUGGUGCCGCAAAUUCUUCGACAAUUCAUCGCCGAGGGACAUCGCACUAUUUCGAGGACCGUAUUGUUGUUAUAUUAAAUAAAUUGUUUCUUGUAGUUCUUGAUGUCAUGAUUUUUCUUGCUAAAUAAUAAUCUAAAAACUUAGUCGUGAUGAAAAGAUUCAAUCCAUUCUAUGCUCCAACUCCAUAGAGAGUUUCUGCAAGAUGUCUUGCUCCUCUCCUAUCGACAACAGAGAGUUCAUACCUAUCUUCCAACCACAGAGCAGUAUAUCUUCCUGCAACAUUCUCCGCUCUCCUAUCCCCCAACCACAGAGAGUUUCUGCAAGACGUGAUGCCUGCUGAUCUGACUGAAGAUGAAACUGUUAAAUUUCACCAGAAUUUCUUGGGUCGGCAGAUCCAGUUGGGAAGCUUCGUAACCUUGACCGGUCGAUUGCAUCUACACCAGAUUAUGAUAGUACAUGAACACGAACGUUCUCAGUGAGUACUAAGAUCUUACUGUCUACUCUUACGCUGUGUUGAACAUACGUUUCCACUUUCAACUUUUUUAGUUGAAAUGGUCUAGAGUGAAAACACUUUUUGGUUGUAGAGCAGAACUUUUGUAGCUGAUUUCUAAAAAUUCACAUAGGUACUUACUUAUGUUGCAGUUGCAGCAUGCGUAAGUACUCUGAUUUUUCUUACUUCAAAAUCAAUUUAGUCCAAGAACCUCCAUCGGACACUAUUUCUAAUCCCUGCGGUUUUUGGAUUUCGGUGUUGCAGAUAGCAAAAGUGACGCAUCCAUCCGAUAUAUUCUUGCACUCUAUGCGGUGUAUCGAGCACAAAAAAGCGAUUGCGAAGCGCGUGAGGGAGCAUAAUGCGAAAAUCUUAUGAAGAACAGACGAGGAAAGGUUUUUUCGUUGUUAGAAACAACGGAUGGUAUGUACUAUUGAUUUAGGAAGAAGAUGACGAAAGUAAAAAGGCAAAUUCUUUGAGGAGCACUGGCUGCUAGUGAACAAUAAGACGAAUGAAUAAAAGCCAGACUUUGAAACGAAAGUAAAAAGGCAAAUUCUUCGAGGAGCACUGCCACUUUGAGUUUCUCCAUCCUACUACAACCCCUUGUAUCUUCCAUUCUAAGCCUCCUAGCAGCCGCCAACGGCGCCACGAAUGUCGCUGGUGGUGGAGGUGGCGGCCAGGCCAACAUUGGAGCUUUCGGACGGUUACACGGGAAUCAAAUGGCAGCAGGAGGGAACCAAAUGAGCGCAGCGGGAGGCCAAGUGACUGCCAUGAGUAUGAUGCAGAAUCAGGCGAUUUACGGUUUCAUUUUUACUAAACUACAGUUUCUUGUUCAAUCUUCGUGUAUAAAAAUUAUAGAAGCGAACUGAGGUGUAUUCCCAAUCAUCAUCAUUACACGACUUACCUCUAGCAACAUCAUAGUGAUAACAACUUCUCUCGUCGCUCUGCCGAAGCAAAUUCCUUGAUGGAGGAAGUUUCUAAGAUAUGCAACAACAAAGGCAACAGCAACCGAACGCACCACAGACUGGAUUUCCGCCUGUAAAGCAGGAGCAAGGGCAGCAAAAUGUUUCGCCACAGGGAAAUGGUCAAAUCCCAGGUCCACCUGUUGUGGAAGAACAGCAGCCAAUGGACAUGAUUGCUCAGGCAUUACGGGAGUUGUGCGCCAAGAAGCGACGUGAAAAUCCUGCUAUUGAAAGCAUCAGUUAAGACACUUUUGAUUAAAAGAAUACUAAAUUUAGACUCUUUUGAUGGUAAUUAUUUUCUUAUGUAAUUAACCUCCUCCCCUAGCAGGCCUCUGAAUGAUUCCCCAUCAUUUUCUUUUAGAGGUGUGCCGCAAAUCUUGAUUGGCUUUCACCUUUUGGUGAAGGUUUAGGCCCAGCGGCGCUCAAAGCACUAAGUAAAACAGCCUGCUAGUUUUCACCUCGACACUAUUAGACUUAUCCCGUGCAACAAUAUAGUAUCUUGAAAAAAAAAGCUAAUAUAUAUCAUCUCGCAACUACAUGUAUGAACGACAUGACGUUGUUCCCAGCAGAGAUUAAAGAGAAUGGUCGCAUCCGAGGACUUUAAUCCCAUCCUCCCUUGAAAAAUGAUCGCCAGCUAUCUUCAAGCGGCUUCCUCUAAUUCCCUGUCGCAGACUUGAUGACCGAAUCGGAGUCGGCGUUGGGUGGAUUUGAGAGUGUUGAGGUCCAACACUUGCUUCAUAAGAUAGUAGAACGAGGCGACGCCUACGAAACUGGCGUCAACGAUGGUUUCUGGGUGACGAAUUUCUGAUUUUGGAAGAUCAUAAGUAGAAUAUUCUAUCUUAUCGAGAUGUACUAGGAAGAUAUGUAGAAUAUCCUAUCUUAUCGAGAUGUCCUAGGAAGAUAAGUAGAAUAUCCUAUCUUAUCGAGAUGUACUAGGAAGAUAAGUAGAAUAUCCUAUCUUAUCGAGAUGUAGGAGUUCCUUGCUCCAGCAAAUGUGGGUUCCAGCUCUAAUCCGUCAGGCUCAUCCUUCCUUCAACAUGCAUGAUGAUGCUCAUUAUGAUGCUCAUAUAUCACUCUAUUGAGAACCUCUAAAAUCUCAAGGAGGAUGCUGAUGACCGCUACUGGUUGUACUGAAUCAGAUGAGGAGGUUCAUCGCCUAUGAGAAACUCUAGCCAAAACUCGACGUCUCAAGACCUGUUAUAGCACAGUACUAGUGUGCAUCAAACAAUAACAAGUAUGAUUCUGAUGUGGUCCCAUGAUGGUUAUUCCACCCCCAUAAACAUUUCUUUCAAUGCAAUAUACAACGCAAAAGGCCGUUGAGUACCGCCUGCACUGAGAGUGCCGCUGAACUCCUGUCGUUGACGCGUAGUAUGAUAAUA